CACAAGUAUUUUAAGCUCGUCUCCUAAGCGAAAUCGUCGAAAGGAUCCGCUCUUCGACAUCACACCACGGAUUAAUUAACUCGUCGAUCGAUCGCGGCGAUUUUACGCGAUGACUCUAUUUACCGGAACGUAAAGAGAAAACGCAACGUGAAAAAAGUUUCUCCCCGUUGAACAUCCGGCUUCGAUCCUCGCCUCGGCGGCGCGCUCUUAGAGAGCGCGAGAAUUAAGUCGCGCGUGGACUUCUAAGAGAUCGAUUGGGGACGUCGCUCGAUUGUACCAACGAGACACGAGAUCCUCUCACUCUCGGACGUGUCGUGAAGACGACUCUCGCGGUGAGAUCGCCGUGAACGCGGAAGUAACCGGAAUCAGCCGGUACCAACCGGAUCUAGGAGUAUUAUUUGUCUCGUCGAAGAAUCCGUCCGCUCGCCGGAGGACCAGGCAUUUCAGCGGGUCGCGUCAGCUUCAAUUUAAAUAAUUAGAAGCUUUGGUUUAAGAAAUUAGGAGCUUGAAGACUUAGGAACCUCCAGUUUGAGGAGUUAGUUUGCUUCAUCUUCAGGAAUCUCCUGAAGAAGAAGAAGAAGAAGAAGAAGAAGAAGAAGAAGAAGAAGAAAAGAAUCCAGCCAAAGCCUUCGAUAGUAAUCGAUAGUAUUGGAGAACCAGCGAAACCUUUAAAAAGCAGCACUCCACACUCCGAUACUCGAGCAGCCGGCGUGAGACCGGCCACGAGAUUGUGUCCCUGGCUAUGGACAAGCUCUCAAUAAUCCCUCGAAGUGAUAUUAUUCACAACAACGCGGACCGCCAGAAGGAGCGCCAAGAGAGAGCAACGACGACGACGACGACGACGGCGGCGGUGGUGACGGUGGCGGCGGCGGUGGUAGUCGGUGGUGCGGAGGCACGAUGCAGCACGACAAUCGGCGCAAUCCCCGAUAACGCUGCCGCCGAUCGUCGAUUCCCUAUCGCAUCGGCGAGAGGAGAAGAAUACACUCGAAGACGCUCGGGGAUCGCCGAUACGUCGCAGCCGAUCAGCAGCGCACGUAGCGAUCUCAUUGCACGUCGGAGACGUCGGGACGCUUUGGCCGCGAUCGCGCGACCACGUAGAAAUACAUGGCACGCGGAAAAUAAAUGCGAUUCCGUAGUCCGAGUGACGGAUCGCCAGGGACUCGGCCCGAACGGAUCGUCGAGGAUCGACGUUAUCGGCGAUCGUGCAGAGCGGGACUGCGCUCUCGAUGAGACGGAGGACUCGGCAGGACUUUGGAACGUCAGGACUGCCGACGACGAACGCCACAACACUUGUUGCGUCUCGAACGACGCGGCCACGUUUCUCGCGCGGCGUGGACCAGCCCGCGACCUUAUCGCCGAACGGCGGAAUCGACGAGCUGACAGUGCCCUGCUGACUCGCAGCAGGUCCAUCGCGGGAGGUGAGGAGAUAUUCCGCGGUACAGUGAACGAUAUUACGAUAGGGAGGGAAGAUCGGUUUUUCGAGACUCCGCUCGUCGGUACCACGGAUUUCCCCGAAUGCAACGGACGUACCUUAUCCAGCAACACUUCAAGUAUCGUGCUCCACGAAGUGAACGGAGGAUCGUCGACAAUUGUCCGCGAGAUCGGAAGACCGAUCGAUAGCGAUGUCAGCACGGAGAACCUUCGGACCGGUAGUCCCGUCAGACUGAUCGAAAUCGGUAUCGUCGAAUCCUCGUGCGAGGAGCAACCGUGCGUUCCCGCCGAGGAGAUUGUACGCCGAAGGGACACGUCGUCUACGGUGCGAUUUCCCGCGAAACUCGAUCCCGGUGGACGUGCGUGGCGGACCAAGACGGACACACGCUGGAGAUUGCCGUGGAUCGGUCCCGUCCAGCGAACUCUUCUGCUGGGGCUACUCGCGACGAGUCUGCUCUGCGACAUGGUGCUGUCCGCGCCAUCAUCAUCGUCAGUUCUCGAGGACGAUGUCGAAGAGGAAGAGCUAGAGAUGCCGAGGAACAACCUCGGCGACGACGAGCUGGAGAUCAUCAGGAGGAGCAUCGUGCAAGGCCUCGGGCUCCAGAGGAUACCUGAUCCUUCAAAGGCGAACGUGAGCCAGGCCGAGUACGAGAGAGCGCACAGAGAGUACCUGAAACAAGUGCAGCUGUCGCACGAUGGACAGAAAUUUAGAACGCGACGGGACCUCCAUGUAUUCCAGGCUGCUGAACAUCCGGGGAACAAAUCGAGCCUUGGCUUCAGCCUGAGGGGAGGAUACCACCGUCACUCCCUGUACUUUCCCGUCGCGGUAUCCGGCGACGCGGAGGACGUCACGGUCGAUCACGCGUCCCUGAGAUUCUUCCUCCAAGGCGAUCACAGACGUCCACGCGAUCUCGAGGCGCUGGUCUAUCUCCGCACGCCGGCCUCCUCCCGGCGUCUCCUGCUGCGGCGCGAGAUUCCGCAGGGCGAGCCGACGGGUUCCCGGUGGAUGGAAUUGGACUCCACCGAAGCGGCCGCGGGCUGGCUCGAGGAUGAUCUGGAGAACCACGGCCUCGAACUGGAAUUCCUUCACGACGGCCGGCCGACGCGGCGCGAGGUCUCCCACGCAACGUUGAACGUGUUCACCACGUCGGAGGUUGGAAGUGGUAGAGGAAAGAGGUCCACUCCCGAGGAACUGAUGCCGCUGCACAAGGGCCGGCGCAGCCGGUGCAAGGGUGACAACAACAAGAAAUGCUGCCGGCAUGAGCUGACGGUGAUGUUCAAGGACCUGAAGGGCUUCGAGUUCAUCGUAUAUCCGAAGGGCUUCGACGCCGGCUACUGUAAGGGCCGUUGCCCGCCCCGGUACAAUCCGGCACAUCAUCACGCUCUGCUGCAGAGUCUGCUGUGGAAGGAGGACCGGAAGAGGGUACCUAAGCCGUGCUGCGCACCCAGCAAGCUCGACCAGUUGAUGAUCGUCUACUUCGACGAGAACCAGUCAACGCAACUGAAGGUGUCCUACUGGAAGAACAUCCAAGUGCUGGAGUGCGCCUGCUCGUAAAGAAGAGGAGAGGAGAGGAGAGUGAAACAGUCUACCAUGGCCGAGGACUCACCAAAGAAUCGUCCGAAUUGCGAUUCGGUGAUGCCAUCCACAUUCGCGUGUGUGUUGUUAAGAUAUUAGAUACAACUAUUAAUAAAUAUACUGAUAAUGGCGAAAGUAAAAAGAAUGUACCGUCGUUCGACUUUAAGAUUUUCGUGCACGUCCGCGACCCCUCUAGACUUCCAUUAUUUCUCUCUUUUCUUUCUUCAUACGAUUCGGACGAUCCAAGGCAUCACCGAAUACUCAGACCCUGUAAAAGCUCGCCUAGACUCAGGGUCUCGCAUCGACUGUGAUACUAACGAUAUUUACUUGUCAUUAUAUUCCUUAUUAUGUAACGAUCGUAUUUUAUAUUAGGACAUUCUCACUAUAUUCAGACCCGGCUAAACGGAAGCGAAUCGUUGCGAAUCGUCGAUAAUCGUAAGCAACGAUAAUCGUAAUUACCCUAAUAGAAAUCCCAUAUUGGCCAAAUGCAAGCUAAUUUAUUACUGAAAGACAAUAAUUAUAAUUAUUUAUUUGGAGGAGAGAGAGACU